GUGAAUACAUAAUUAUUUUAUAAACAAAUAAUAAUACUAAAUUUUUAAAAAAUUUCUUUAGAUGCUUAACUAUUUCAUUACAUUUCUUAUAAUUUCUUCCAAAUAUUUAGUUUAAGCAAUACAAUGAUAAUAGAAACAUAUUUACUGUAGAAGUGUUUGAGUAACAUAGUAUUGAUAAAACAUUUUGUAUUGAUAUAAGUAAACUAUGUUGAUAUAAAGUUGAAUGACCCAAGUGCUUUGUAUAUUUACAAAUCAAUUAUAAAAACUAUAAAAGUUUAGAUCUAUUCAUAUAUAAACUCGCAAUAACUUAUGUUUAUUUCACUAGAAUUUCAUAAUAAUACAUCAAACUUUUGUGGCAACAAUUUAUUUGCAAAAGGCAUGGAUACAACUAGGGAUGGUCAACUCUUUAUCAGUCCUAAAAUUAGAGAAAUAUAUUCAACAUAUCAUGAUAUAAUUGACAAUAUUGGUUCAAUUGCUCAAAAUUUCACCCCAUUUGAAGAAUUAUUAAAUUUGAAAGUACCUUUUAAAUUUAUUCAAAUAAAAUUACCUGAUUGGUACAUCGAAGUAUCUCAUAAUAAAUUACAAAACAUACUGUAUAACUUAUUUCAACCUAUAAAUGAACAUGUAAUGAGUAUGGCUGAAGAAUUUUAUCCUAUAUGUGAACCACAUGCAAAAAACAAAAUAUUAUCAUUAAGUUUAGGAAAAAUAAACUUUGAUUCAUAUCUCAAAUAUAUUAAAAAGUAUAAUAUGUAUGUGAUAAAAACAAAUACAAUAGUAGGAAAUAUAUAUUAUAAAGUAGGAAAAUUAGAACAAAAUGAAGCUAAAGAAGCUUUAAAAAGAGAAUCAUGGAAUAUUAUAAAUGCUUUCUUAUUUAAGGUAAUUAAUUACCACAAAGAAUACAAUAUGAGAAUAUGCAAAGAAUUUGAAAACUUGAAAAUGAAAGCAUUGGAUAUACCAAAUGAAGCAAAAUCUUUAAUAGAGUUAACUGAGUACAUCUUAUAUGCAUCAAAAGAAUUAAUAAAACAAUUAGAAUAUAAAAUUCAGCAGUCAAUACAUAUGCUAUGUAUAUUAUUAGAAAUUACAAUUUUAUCGGACGAUCAUAUUAAUUUAAAUAAAAAAACUAUAAAUUGGUUACAUGAAAUUAAGCCUGUAUUUAAGCAAAAUAAUACAUUAUGCGAAGCAAUGAAAAAUGAAUUAGAAGAUGACAUGCAAAAAAGAAUAAACAAUUUAAAUUCUGAAGUAAAUGAUAUUAUUCCUCGACUCAGUGUUUUAGAUAAUAUGGAUGACAUUAAUAGAAUUGGAGAGUAUAUUGAAUAUUAUAAAGGAAUACUUAAAGAAGUAAAUAAAAUUGAUAUUGAAAUGCAAAGAAUCAAUGAAGAAGAAAAAUUAUUCAAAUUUCCUGAAACUGAAUUUCCCAAAGUAAUAGAAUUGCGAGAAGUAAUUAUACCAUUUCAUGAUCUUAUUUGUACUAUUUGUCAGUGGCAAAAAGACAAUAAUGUGUGGUUAGAUGGUCCAUUCGAGUGGUUAGAUUCUACUAUCAUAAAGAAAAAAACAUUACAUUAUUUUGAAACGAUUACUGACAUGAACAAAACAUUUAAAACAAAAAUUAAAAUGGAUUUAAGUACAAAUAAGUGUUUUAAAUUUUCUGGGAUUGCAGAUGAUCCAGACCCUAUGCAACAACCUGCUCCUUUAAAACUAUCUUGGCAAGCUCUUAACAAUAUAAACGAUUUUAAGAAAUAUUUACCAUUAAUAGUAUGUAUGUGUAACCCAGCUCUCCAAAAAUCUCACUGGCUAGAAAUGUCUGCAAUAUACACUCUUAUCUUUAAAAAUAUUAUAUAUAAUAUGUUUCCUGGUACUACUUUGUUACAUCCCAAUUAUGAAAUACUUUUAAAUACUCUUGAAAUAAUAUGUAAAUCUAGAUGUCUAUACAUCCAUGAUCUUUUUAAACUCAAAAUUAUACAAGCGUUCGAGUUAAUGUAUAUUCAUCAAGCUGUAAUGUUUGUUGGUGAUCCUUUUGUAGGAAAAACAAAAAUUCUACAUGUUUUAAUGGAUGUUUUAGUAUCUUUACACGAACAGGGUAUAGAAUUCGGUGUUAAUGUAAAAUUAGAAACUAUAAUUCCAGGAGUAUCUAACAUUGAUCAAUUAUAUGGUCAUUUCGACAACAAAUCAAAAAUGUGGAAGGAUGGAAUAUGUUCUAAAGUUUUUCGUUCUGUUUCAAAUGUCUCUUGUUAUAAAAAGUGGAUAUUAUUUGAUGCACCAUUAAAUGACACAUGGAUUGAAAGUUUGUAUACAGUUCUAGACACAAACAAGGUACUACAUUUGACAUCAGGUGAAAAAAUUAAUAUAAUGGAUUCAAUAUCUAUUAUCUUUGAAACAAUGAGUAUUAUAGAAACUUCUCCAGCUAUAUUAUCAAGAUGUGGAAUAAUUUAUAUUGAAUCACAGUCUCUUGAUUGGAGGCCAUAUGUUAAAACACAUAUUUAUAAACAUGACAUUUAUAAUGAAUAUGAAGAAAUAUUAUAUUCUUUAUUCGACUGGGUAAUGGAUCCUCUUCUAGAAUUUAUACAAAAACAUUGUACAAUGACUUUAAUUAUAAAACAAUUACAUUGUAUAAUAUCAACAUUAAAUUUACUUGAAAUGUAUUUGAAAGAUGCUCAAUUGGAAAAUACUGAAGAGAAAGGAAAAAUAAAUCAUUUUAUAAUAUGGAUGCAAGCUGCACUUAUAUUAUCUAUUAUAUGGGGAUUAGGAGGAAAUUUAAAUAUGGAUUCCCAUAUUAAAUUUAAUUCCUUUUGUAUAUCACUUUGGAGCGGUAAAAGCGAAGAAUAUCCAAAACCUAAAACGAUAAAGAAUUUCGAUGUAACAUUACCUCAUGAUGGAUUAAUACAAGAUAAUAUUUAUAUUUUUAAAGGUACAGGGAAUUGGAAGUAUUGGGGUGAUUUAUUAAAAGCUGAAAAGGUAUUAGAAAUACCUGGUACCAAUGAAAUUUUUGUACCAACAAUUAAUACUAUGAAAUAUAACCAUUUGUUAUUAAAACAUAUUAAAUUUAGAAAACCUUUUCUUAUUUGUGGAAAUAAAUCUACUGGAAAAACUUCUUUAAUAAGGAAUUUGAUAAAAAACAAAUCAGUCGAAAACAAGUAUUUAAUCAACUUCUUUAGUUUUGCUUUCAUAAAUUCUGUAUCAAGAACACAAUAUUUGUUACUUUCAAAAUUAAAUAAAAUAAAAACAGGCCAUUACGGUCCUUCAAAAAAUCAAUUCUGUAUCUGUUUCAUUGAUGAUUUCAAUGCAGAAACACAAGAAUAUAAAUUAGAAGUAAAUAGUAUUUUAGAACUUUUACGGCAAUAUCAUAGUUAUGGCUAUUUCUAUAAUAUUAAUGAACCUGAAAAAAUUUUUAUUCACGACACAAUGUUUUUACUUACCAUUAUAGGAAAUGAGUCAAUUAAAAUAUAUCCUAGAUUCUUAAGGCACUUUAAUAUAUACAGUAUUUAUAUGCCACCUUCGGAUACUAUAUUUAGAAUAUUUUCAAAUACACUUUUUGCUAAUUUCAAAAAAAAUUCUUUUACGGCAGAUGUCUUAACUAGUGUAACUAGUAUAACAAAUGCUACAAUUGAUAUUUAUAAUUCUAUAAUGAAAAAUCUUCUACCAAUACCUAUGAAAUUUCAAUAUCAAUUUAAUAUAAGAGAUAUAAGUAAAAUAAUUAAUGGUUGCAGUCUUCUUCAGAAAGAAUCAGUGGAAACAAAAGUUACUUUUAUUCGCCUUUGGGCACACGAAGUUUGGCGUACUUUUGGUGACCGAAUAUUAGAUAACGAAGAUAAAAAAUACCUUUUUACUCAGAUCAAAGAAAUCACUAAACGACAUUUCAAGGAUUCAUUUGAAACCGCUUUUGAUUACUUACCGAAAUUUGAAAACAAUCAAAUUACAAAAGAAUCCUUUAAUGAGUUAAUAUUUAGUAAUUUUCUAGAUAUAGAAAAAGAUAAGAAUAAGAAAUAUGAAGAAAUUGCUUCUAUAGAGAAAUUAAAAAAUAAAAUUCUUUUCUAUUUAAAUAAGUAUAAUAAUAAUUUUAAGAAACAAAUUAAUAUAGUUAUAACGCAAUAUGUGUUAGAAAGUCUUAUUAAAAUCACAAGAAUAUUAGCUAUACCAGGAGAUAAUUUAUUGAUGAUUUCAAAUAUAGGUUCUGGUAGAAAAUCUAUAACAAGUCUUGCAGCUUAUAUAAAUAGACAAGAAUUAUUUGAACCAUUUACACAAUCUUCUUAUAAUUUCAAUUUAUGGAGAAAUGAUUUGAAAAAAGUUUUACGAAAAUGUGGUGGUUUAAGGGAAAAUCUAACAUUUUUUAUAAAAGAUAAACAAAUAUCAGAUGCUUUUAUUUCUGAUAUUAAUAGCCUCCUAGCUACUGGCGAAAUACCUGAUUUAUUUUCUAUCAAAGAAAAGUAUGAUAUUAUAGAAAUGGUACGUUUGCAUGCUCAAAACGGAAACAAAAAUGCAGAAAUAAGUGCUCAUUCUGUGAUGAAUUAUUUUCUAGAACAAUGUAAAAAUAACUUACAUAUUAUUAUAUGCUUCAAUUCAACAAAUAAAAAAAUUAGAUCGUAUUUACAUAGAUAUCCAGAACUAAUAAAAUAUUGUACAAUAAAUUUAUAUAAUACAUGGCCAACAGAAGCGCUUAUACAAGUAGCCUCAAAAUAUAUUCAAGACAUUAAUGUUCAAGAAAAUAUAAAAGAAAAUGUAAUAACAGCAUGUAUAAAGUUGUACAACAGUGCACAAGAAGUAAGUAAUGAAUAUUUUAAAGAAACUUCCAAAACAGUUCAUAUUACAUUAUCUGCAUUCUUACACAUGUUGAAAUUAUAUUUUCAUCUCAUAUUAGAAAAACAGAAAAACAUUAUUGCAACAAGAAAUAAAUAUUUAACAGGUUUAGAAAAGCUGGAACUAGCAGCACAACAAGUAGAAAAGAUGAAAGCUACAUUAACAAUAUUAAAACCACAAUUAGAAAUAUCUGCUCAGCGAACAAUAAUUACUAUGAAGGAAGUAGAAAAUGAAAAUAUUAGUGUAGAAGGAGCUACUAUUCUCGUACAACAAGAAGAAAAAAUAGCAAAUAAGAAAGCAGGAAUAGCUAGUACACUAAAAAUGGAAUGCGAAGCUGAUCUGGCUGUAGCAAUUCCAAUUUUGGAAGAUGCUGUUGCUGCAUUAAAUACAUUAAAACCAACAGAUAUUACACUUGUAAAAGCUAUGAAAAAUCCCCCUGAUACUGUGAAGUUAGUAAUGGCUGCAGUUUGUGUUAUGCUUGAUGUACCUCCGGAUAAACCCAUUGAUCCAGUUACUGGAAAAAAAUAUACAGACUAUUGGGGUCCAAGCAAACGCAUUUUAGGUGAUAUGAACUUUUUACAAAAUUUAAAAGAUUAUGAUAAAGAUAACAUUCCAUCUAACAUCAUGCAAAUUAUUAAAAAGACAUAUAUAUCAGACAAUAACUUUAAACCACACAUUGUAGCCAAAGCAUCGAGUGCUGCUGAAGGACUCUGUAAAUGGGUUCGUGCAAUGGUAUCUUACAAUGAAGUUGCUAAAGCAGUUGCACCCAAAAAAGAAAAACUUCUUGCUGCACAAAAAGAAUGCAAUGAAGCUGAAGCUUUUUUAAAUGAAAAACGUAAAACACUCUCUGCAUUAAAUGCAAAACUUGCAGCACUGAAUAAUAGUCUUCAAGAAACAUUGCAACAAAAAAUAAAAUUGGAAAGAGAAGUAGAAGAUUGUACUAACAAACUUAAUAAGGCAGAAAAAUUAAUUGCAAGUCUAGGUGGUGAAAAAAAUCGUUGGAUGCAAUGUGCCGUAAAUCUACAAAAAAAUUAUGAUAAUCUUGUUGGAGAUAUGAUAUUAUCAUGUGGAUUAAUAAGCUAUACAGCAUCCUACACAACAGUUUUUCGCGACAAAAUUUUAGGAUACUGGAAACAGUAUAUUAUAGAUUUAAAAAUACCAUUUACUACCAAUUACAAUUUGAUAAAUAUACAUGGAGAAGAAAAUGAAAUAAAUCACUGGUAUCUUUGCGGUCUACCUAAACAUAGAUUUUCAGUGGAAAAUGCUAUUAUUAUGAAUAACUCUAAAUUAUGGUGUUUAUUUAUUGAUUCACAUAACCAAGCAAAUCAGUGGAUUAAAACAAUUGAGAAAAAAAAUAGUCUAAAAGUUAUUAAGCUUACUGAUUCAAGUUAUGUAUCGAUUAUUCAAUCUAGUAUUGAAAGUGGUAAUCCAAUAUUAAUUGAAAAUAUAGGGGAACAACUAGAAACAUCAUUAGAUCCCUUUCUUAAGGACAGAAUUUAUGAUGAUGAAAAUAUUUCACAUUUGGAUAUUGAAUGCAAUAUUAUAAAAUAUUCACAUGAUUUUCGAUUAUACAUUACAACUCGAUUGUUGAAUCCACAGUAUUCGCCUGAAGUAUUCAGUAAACUCACUAUAAUUGAUUUUUCUAUUCCAAAUGAAGCUCUUCAGGAUAAACUCCUUGAUCUUGUCAUGUUUAAGGAAAAACCAGAACUUCAAGAAAAAUUUGAAACGUUGCAUAUGGAAGAUGUUAAUAACAGAAAAAUAUUAAAACAACAAGAAGAUAAUAUUUUAUGUACUUUAUCUUCAACAACUACAAACAUUCUUGAAGAUGAGAAUGCAAUAAAAACUUUGGAUUUCUCCAAAAAUCUUUCUUUAAAUAUAAUUAAAAAACAAGAAAUAACAAAAAUAAUGUCUUUGGAAAUCAAUAAAUUCAGAGAUGCUUAUACACAGUUCGUUAAAUACUGUGUAGAUUUAUUCAAUACGCUUAUCGCUUUAUCAUACUUGAAUCAUAUGUACUGUUUUUCUUUUACAUGGUUUAUACAAUUAUAUAUUAGAUCAAUUGAAAUCUCAAAUAGAAGUUCUAUUCUUGAAAAACGUUUGGUAUAUUUAAAAUCUUCAUUUACUCAAAGCCUUCAUGCGAGUAUUUGUAGAUCUUUAUCAGAAAAACAUAAGAUAGUGUGUUCUUUCUUACUAUGUUCUAAAAUAUUAUUAGACAAUAAGGAGACCACAGAAAAGGAAAUAAAAUACUUUGUAUCUUCAAACUUGAAAUAUACCAAUGUAAUUUCUAAUAAUAAGCCAAAUUGGCUACCACAAAAUAUUUGGGUAAAAGUUUGUGAUGUUCAAAAUACAUUACCUGCUUUUAAUGGCCUUGUAAAUGAUCUUUGUUGUAAUGUUGAAAAGUGGAAGGAAUAUUAUAUUUCUGAAACACUUCAAAACGAAUUAUUACCUAAGCCUUGGGUCAACAAAUCUUUUUUUCAAAAGCUCAUACUUACCAAAACUUUGAAGCCUGAUAAAAUUAUAGUACAGAUUAUGCAAAUGAUAGAAGAUAUACUAGGAAAUACACAAAAUUACUCUUCACAACUAAAAAUAUCUCAAUCAUACGCAGAAUCUAGUUGUUUAACUCCUAUUUUAUUCAUUCUACCAAGUUGUUUGUCACCUUUAUCUCUUAUUUCUGCAUAUGCAAAAACAAAGGGUUGUUUGUCAAAGUUUAUUUCUUUAUCUAUGAGUAAAGGUCAAGAUAAAACAGCUGAAUUUCUUAUACGCAGAGCUCAGACUGAAGGCAAUUGGGUGUUCCUACAGAAUUGUCAUUUGGUACCUCAUUGGAUGAUUAACCUUGAAAAGAUCUGCGAAAAUUGCAGCAUUUCUAAUACGUCUUUAGGUUUCAGAUUAUGGUUAUCUAGUUACCCUACCAAAGAAUUUCCACUUAGUAUUUUGCAAAAUAGCAUAAAGAUAUCACAUGAUUAUUCUUUGAAUAUUAAAGAAAUAUUGCUAAAUAUUUAUCAAUCUGAACCAAUAACAAGGAAAAACUUUUUUGAAGGCUGUCCAGGAAAAGAUAAAAUAUUCUCAAAAUUACUUUUUGGGUUGUCCUUAUUUCAUAUAAUUAUAGGAGAAAGAAAAAACUUUGGUGCUCAAGGUUGGAAUAUACCAUAUGAUUUCGAUUAUUCUGAUUUUCACAUGUCUGUUAUACAAAUGCAAAACUUUAUAAACCAUACUGAUUAUAUACCUUUUGAUAUUCUUGUGUAUUACAUUGGAAAAUGUAACUAUGGAGGAAGAAUUAUGGAUAAUUUUGAUAUCAAAAGUUUAAUGUAUUUUUUAAUGGAUUAUUGUAACUUGGACAUAGUUGAAGAUGAACAACAUACAUGCAUAAGUAAUUUAGUACACUUGAUACCACAGAAAUGCGAAUAUCAUUAUGUAAUUGAAUAUAUUGAAGGAAUGCCCUUAGAUAUAUCAUCUGAAGUUUUCAAAUUUAGUAAAAAUGGAGCUAUUAUUCGAGAUACAAUGAUGGCCACUGAAUUUUUAGCCUCUAUCUCAUGCAUGAAUCCUAUUGAUUCUUUAUUACAUGAUCAAUUUCCCCAAGACCAAAUACUAUGUUUAAUUAAUGAUAUCAAUGAUAAAUUAGAUGACUCAUUUGAAAUUAAUCAAUUGGAAGAGAAUAAAACAUUUUUGUUUCAAGAAUCAUUAGAUAGAGUUCUUCUGUGUGAAGCAACGUUGUUAAAACAUAUUUUAACAAUUAUAACUCAAACAUUAAAUGAAUUGAAAUUAGCAUUUGAUGGUUCUGUCCCAUUUACUGAUUCUUUAAAUAAAUUGACAAAAGAAAUUUAUGAAAAUAAAGUUCCUCAUACCUGGAAGAGACUAAAGAAUAAUAACAUAACUGAUAAUUUAGGAUAUUACAUUGAUAAUUUGGCAAAACGCAUAAAAUUUCUAAAACAAUGGAUGAAUGAAAGUUGCCCUAAAAUUAUUUGGCUUGAUGCAUUAUUUUAUAGUAAAAUGUUCUUUUCCGCAAUUUCAUUAUCAUUUUCAAAAAAAUAUCAUGUACCCAUUGAAGAAGUUGAACUUGAAUUUCAAGUUAUGAUUGAAGAAACUGAUACAGAAGAUGUUGAUGCAUAUUUUAUUUGUGGUUUGCAUUUAUCUGGCGCUCAGUGGGACGUUAAAAGAAAUAUGUUAACCGAAAAUUUUACACAUGUAUUUUAUCAAACUAUGCCGCCCAUAUGCGUCAAAUUUUUGCGCACUAAAAAGGAAACAAAUAAAGUUUAUGACUGUCCUGUCUAUGUAACUGCUAUUCAAUAUGCUGAUAAAAAUAUUAAAUUUACAUCGAUGAAUUACAUAAUUAACAUACCUUUAAUAACAGACCAAAGUGAAGCCCAUUGGAUAAAAUGUGGCACGGCUUUGUAUUGUCAUACUUCAUAAUCUAAAUUUCGGAAAAAAUUUUUUA